AUGGAUCCUUCGACUUCGCAAUGUAACCAUCUGGUUUCGCCAGAGAUAAAGAACUUUGUUCUGUCUAUUCUGAUUGUGUUCGGAAUCCUCCUCUCCUACCUGCCGCAGUUGAUUCGUAUUGCCCGGCUGAAAAGCUCCUUCGGAAUAUCGCCGUACUUCAUCUUGCUGGGGACGACUUCCGGCUCAUCUUCUAUGGCAAAUGUGAUAUCACAGCAGCAGAGUCUUCAGGAUAUGGCUUGCUGCAGCGACGUUAGUGGGCUGUCCUGUUUUGCGGGGUUGCUCGGUAUCCUUCAGGUUGGGACACAAUGGCUCAGCUUCUUCGCGAUUCUUGCGCUCUUUGUUAUCUACUUCCCGCGAGAGACAACCUCGUCGCUCCCCAUGACCUCCAAGGAUAGGCCGACAUACCGAACCGCGCUGGUUGUGGCCGGCAUUUGUGUCUUCCAUGCGAUGGCUAUGUUGAUCAUUACCAUCGCCAUUGGUUACAAGCAGCCCUCUGUGCUCCAAUCCUGGUCGAACUUCUGUGGAAUCUUAGCUGCCCUCCUCUCCUCUAUCCAAUACUUCCCGCAAAUUGCUACGACCCUCAGGCUGCGCUGCGUGGGAAGCCUCAGUAUCCCGAUGAUGUGUAUUCAAACACCCGGGAGUCUUGUGUGGGCGGGGAGUCUGGCUGCACGGCUAGGGAGCAAGGGCUGGAGCACCUGGGGUGUUUUAAUUGUUACGGCCUGUUUACAAGGCACACUCCUCGUUCUAUCGAUCUUUUUCGAAUACCUGGGCCCUAAUAAGGGACAUAGCCAUGACUAUGGCAAAGAUGGCGCGGAAGGCACACUGGGAGAAGAAGGGAAUGAAGCCCAGGAAGAGCAGGAUUACGGUCCGUACGAGGACACCCCGCUUCUUGGAGACCGGAGUCGGUGA